AUGCAGAUCUCCUGCGUCAUUGCUGCCACAGUUGCGGCUUUUGUCGGCGCUCAGUCGCAAGCAACCGGGGAGCUUGGCGAUGCCUUAGUCGUUGCGAACCCACAGGGUGUUGUUUACGAGGCGAAACUGCCGGAGAUGCCCUUCUUCAACCAAGGCUCGUUGAACGGCAACGUCCGAGGGUCCAUCGUCGCCAUGACAGCUCCGGAUGGCAACGGAGUCAAGUUCACAGUCGGCUUUUCGAACCUGCCCAGCGAGGGCGGCCCUUUCAAGGAUGGCAACUGCACCAAAGCACUCGCCCAUCACGACCCUUUCAACCGCGGAGAGACUACACCGUGCGACGCCUCCAAGCCGGAGACCUGCCAGAUCGGUGACCUAAGCGGCAAGCACGGAUCCGUGACGCGUGACUAUGAACAGACAUACAUCGACCGCUAUCUUUCGCUUGUGCAGGGACCGGGAUCUUUCUUCGGAAACCGGAGCUUCGUAUUCCACUUCGCAAACAAGACACGGAUCAGCUGCGCCAAUUUCAAACUGGUCCAGAGGCCCGCCCCAUACGACAACGGUACCGGCGCCUGCAACACCGUUCGCGCCACGAAUGCCCUAGCUACGGCGACUCCUCAUAGCGAAGCACCAUACUACAGCGCCGCUUCCGUGAUGAGCGCGUCGUUUUAUGUACUGGGCGCGGCAUCCAUCCUUGCUUUUGUUGGUGGUGUUGGCGACGUCUGA